UUUUCUAUCAAUUUUAAUCGUUUCAAUUAUGGAAACAAUUUGAUCGCAAUUGUUUAAUUUUGUUAAAUUAACGCGAAUUAACAUCUAAUCGUUGGUAGACUAGAUUUUUCACUUGAAGUGAUUAAAAAUUCUAACUUUGUUUUCUUUAUAGAUUUAUAUUACCAAUGGCGUCUACAUCUAGUCCUGAACAUCUUAUCUUUGACUUUGAGCGAAGUGUCUCGAUUCAACCUCAGAAACGAUUCAAACAUCCUAUGGCUGCUUUGUUCCAUGUAGCCUUCAAAGGAGCUGCUAUUCUUCUCUACCUUUUUGGUGGACUUUUUGGUCAAAAUUUUCUCUCCACUUUUGUUGCUCUGGUCUUUUUAAUCUCUAUGGAUUUUUGGACCGUUAAAAAUGUCACUGGAAGGCUACUUGCUGGUCUUCGUUGGUGGAACCAUGUUGACGAGGAAGGAAACAACCAUUGGGUGUUUGAAAAUAAACAUGCCAAAAGUCAAUCAGAUUCAGCAUCAUUGAAUAUCUUUGAUGAUAAAGAUUCCAACACAGCUGAUUCUCAAAUAUUUUGGAUACCAUUAAUUUUUACUCCAUUAAUUUGGUUCCUUUUACUUCUUGUUACCAUAUUCCGAUUUAACAUCCAGUGGUUUGUUGUCGUGGCUUUAGCUUUGAUCUUAAGUUCAUCUAAUCUAUAUGGUUACAUUCGGUGUAGAUUAGGAUCGAAAGACGUGAAAUCAACUCUUACACAAUUCGUUGGGAAGAAAAUAUUUUACAAUUUCAUGGGACCAAGCAGCAGCAACAGCAACACUUCAACCGUUAAUCCAACACCAUCAACCACUAGUUUCGUAUCCACAUCAUAACCUAAGCUGAAGGAAAUUUCUCAAAUCACUUAAAUCACCGGAGAGAAAAAUUUUACAUAUAAAUAGUCUAUUCCAAUUGCUUAAACUGAGAACUUCAGUAUUUUUAUUACUCUAAAUUGUUUUUUUCUUCACUUUUCUCACUCAUUCUCACGUAAAUCAACGUGUAGAUAAACAAAAACACAACAACUCACCUAUGGAAAGAAAACAAUUUGCUACUUUCCCCCUGUAAUUAUUAUUCUUCAUUGUGAUUAACUAUCUAAUUUACGAAAUUGCUACAAUCCUGUUGAAUUAACGAUCUACUUGAACCAAUGUGGCGGAGAAAAGUUCAAAAAAACUCACUUCAACUUUAACCAUUUCCAUUGGAAAAUCACAAUCGAAAUAUCCAACUACAAUAUUAUCUCAUUUAUUGUGAGAAAUUGAUUGAAUUUAUUGAAAAAUUCAUUGGGUCACAAUCGAAAUCUGAUUCUUCUGAGAAAUUUUCAUCGGAGCAACAAUUAAAUACAAUUGUGUUAAUCAGAACAAUUUAGAAAAAUUUA